AUAAGACCUGCUCCUCACCUUCUCUCCCUCGGCACUCACCUCUCUCUCCGCCCUUCUCUCUCUCUCUCUAGACCCACAGCAACGCCGUCGACAAUGGCCGCCGGCGCCGGGCGCCUCCGCUCUCCGGGCCCCUCCCUACUCCUCCUCUUCCUCCUCCUCUCCCUCGCCGCCUCCGCCGCCACCGCCGACGACUCCGCCGUCAUGGCCGAGAUCCUCGCCGCCCUCAAGCCGUCGGGCUGGUCCUCGAGCCAGACCUACUGCAAGUGGACAGGCGUCAGCUGCGACUCCUCCUCCCGGGUCACCGUCAUAAAGCUCUCUUCCGCCUCCCUCUCCGGCGCCCUCCCCUCGGAUCUUUCCUCCCUCUCCCAGCUCCAGAGCCUCUCCCUCCAGAGCAACUCCCUCUCCGGCGCCGUCCCUUCCUUCGCCGGCCUCGCCUCCCUCCAGUCCAUCUACCUCGACACCAACAACUUCACCUCCAUCACCUCCGGCGCCUUCCAGGGCCUCACCAGCCUCCAGACCCUCAGCCUCAGCGACAACCUCGACCUCCCCUCCUGGCAGAUCCCGGCCGAGCUCAACGCCUCGACGUCCCUGACUGUCCUCUACGCCGACAACACCAACAUCACCGGCACGAUCCCGGACUUCCUCGGAACCCUCCCUAGCCUGACGAGUCUGAGGCUCUCCUACAACAACCUCACCGGGCCCCUCCCCUCCUCCUUCGGCACUUCAUCGAUCCAGAACCUGUGGAUCAACAACCAGGCGGUGGGGCUUUCCGGCGGCAUCAGCGUGUUGGCCGGGAUGACCCAGCUGACCCAGGUCUGGCUCCAGAACAACCAGUUCACAGGUCCGAUCCCCGAUCUCUCGCAAUGCACUAAUUUGUUCGAUCUCCAGCUUAGGGACAACCAGUUCACUGGGGUUGUGCCCGCCUCGCUGUGGGCACUCCCCGGCUUGAAGAAUGUGUCCUUGGAUAACAAUAAGUUGCAGGGUCCCGUCCCUAGUAGUAGCAGUGGAAUUCGCGUUACCUACGAGGGUAAUAGCUUUUGCAACAGUGCCCCGGGCCCUUGCGACCCACAGGUUACUGCGUUGCUUGAGGUGGCCGGUGCGUUGGGGUAUCCGAUCACGCUGGCGGAUUCUUGGACUGGGAAUGAUGCUUGCCAGGGCGGCUGGAGUGCCAUUUCUUGCCAGGGGAAGAAUGUGACCGCUGUUACUUUCACGAAGCGGGGGUUUAGUGGGACCAUCUCGCCUGCAUUUGCGAAUCUCACCUCGCUCCGCACGUUGCUGUUGAACGAUAAUGAUCUUACUGGGUCUAUUCCGGAAAGCUUGACUACGCUGACUCAGCUUCAAGCUCUUGAUGUGUCGAACAAUAAUCUCAACGGGUCGAUACCGGUUUUCCCAGCCUCAGUGAAGUUGACUACUACUGGUAAUCCGUUAAUUGGUAAAACGGACACUGGUGGCGGAGGCAGUGGUGGUUCAGGGACGAAUUCAACUGAUUCAUCUGGAUCGUCAAAUGGCUCUUCACUUUCAGGUGGUGUAAUUGCUGCUGUUGUCGUAGGCGUCCUUAUUUUCAUCGGGGUGGUGUUGUUUGUCUUGUACAAAUUCUGUUACAUCAACCGACGACACGGGAAAUUUAAUAGGGUAGACAAUCCGGAAAUCGGGAUGGAAGUAGCUAAGAACGGGGCUGGGAAUGGUGUGAAUGGUCAUGGUGGGCUUCCAAGUGAAUUGCAUAGCCAAAGCAGUGGGGACCAUAGUGAUUUCCCUGUUUUUGAAGGAGGAAAUGUUGCAAUUUCAAUUCAAGUCCUUAGACAAGUGACUCAUAAUUUUAGUGAAGAGAACAUUUUAGGAAGAGGUGGUUUUGGUGUUGUUUACAAAGGGGAGUUGCAUGAUGGCACCAAAAUUGCUGUUAAAAGAAUGGAAUCUGGGGCAAUGGGCACGAAGGGAAUGAAUGAAUUCCAAGCUGAGAUUUCGGUACUUACAAAAGUGAGGCAUAGGCAUUUAGUCGCACUUUUAGGGUAUUGUAUCAAUGGUGAUGAAAGGCUUUUAGUGUAUGAAUAUAUGCCACAGGGGACUCUCACGCAACAUUUGUUCGAGUGGCAAGAGAAGGGGUAUGCACCUCUGACUUGGAAGCAAAGGGUGACCAUUGCUUUGGAUGUUGCUAGAGGAGUGGAAUACCUGCACAGUUUAGCCCAACAAAGUUUUAUCCAUAGGGAUUUGAAGCCAUCGAACAUACUGCUGGGAGAUGACAUGAGAGCCAAAGUUGCUGACUUUGGUUUGGUUAAAAAUGCUCCUGAUGGGAAGUAUUCCGUGGAGACACGUUUGGCUGGAACUUUUGGGUAUUUAGCUCCUGAGUAUGCAGCCACUGGAAGGGUAACUACAAAGGUCGACGUUUACGCAUUUGGUGUUGUCUUGAUGGAGAUCAUUACCGGUAGAAAAGCAUUAGACGACAACAUGCCAGAUGAGAGGGCGCACUUGGUCACUUGGUUCCGUAGAGUUCUGAUUAACAAGGAAAACAUCCCAAAAGCUAUCGACCAGUCGCUUGACCCCGAUGAAGAAACCUUAGAGAGCAUAAUCAAAGUUGCUGAGCUGGCUGGUCAUUGCACUGCUCGGGAACCGUUCCAGAGACCGGACAUGGGCCAUGCGGUCAAUAUUUUGGGUCCCGCCGUGGAGCAAUGGAAACCAACUAGCCAUGAUGAAGAAGAAAGCUCUGGUAUCAACCUCCACAUGAGCCUUCCUCAAGCCUUGCAAAGAUGGCAAGCUGAUGAAGGCACUUCCUCCGUGUUCAACACUAUGUCCUUCUCCAAUACGCAGUCUAGCAUUCCGCCGAAACCUUUGACGUUUCCAGACUCGUUCAGUUCAACUGAUUGCCGGUGAGGAAAGUAAUGGGAAAGAAUUUGGUCUGGUUGGCCAUGUAAAGUAUUUGAUGAAGUGGGUUGCCAGUGGAUAGAGACAUCAAGAUGCUCUCAUGAAAAGUCGCUUCAAGGCUGUUGAAAUUAGACACUGCAGCUGGCUGUAUGAACUAGUGGUCAUGAUUGGUACAGUGCAAUUUUGCUUCGAUAAGUGUAUGUUUUCCUUCCAAUCCUGAGUUGAUACAAGUUCGCCACUUCUCCCCCUUCCCGCCCUUUUUGUAUAUGAUCUCCUGUUUUUUCAUUCUUGGAUUCUUUGAGGAAAUGAUUGACUUGUGGAUGCUUAUCAGAGAAAGCGAUAUUAAAUUUGCCUGAAA